GUCGUGUGUUUCCCUCUCCUCUUCUCCCCUUUUCUCAUGACGCACGUAGUGGUGAACAACGAGGAGUGCACGGUGCAGAUCAAGGGCGACUUCAUCGUGCUUCUCUACACCGCCGUCGCAAAGGAGGCGACACACGUUGGGGCUCGCAACGUCAGUCAGCUGCUCCGCUCUCGCAAAGAUGAGACAGCCGCUAAGAUGGUGGCGGACGGAGUGUCGUACCUCCUCAAAUUUGCCUCCAUGCACGAGCGAGAAAGCUUUAUCGAGUCGAUUGUGCGCAUCCAGGAAGCACCGCCGGAACAGUCGAACGAGGACUGGGUGGCGUCGAGCAUCUGCCGCGCCGCGGUCGAUGUCGGUAUGCUUGACGAAAGAGAGCUGCAAGCGGUCGUGAGUGCAGAGGGGCAGCGUGGCGUCGAACAGGCCUUUGAAGCCCUGGAGGGACUCGUGGACCGGGACACCUUCGAGUUGCUGCCUAUCACAGAACAGAUGGAGAACGACGUCCUGCGGCAAAUCCCCGUCCUCGCGGCAAUUUUCCGCGAUCGCGUCGUGGAUAAGGAAACGAAGCGCGUCUUUUGGGAGGCCGUCGUGCGGAAGUAUUUCUGCUUUGCUCGAACGUUUUUGGAGGAGGACAUUCAGCGUCUGGAGGCGGCGAAGCCUGCGGUGGCGGUGGCGGUGCCGAGCGACGGUCUGGCGGCGAUCAACGCCUCCUCUCUGAACGCACUACCCAAAGGUGCGGCGGCGGCCAUGGUGGACACGGACAUCAACGAGGAAGAUCUCCUACAUAUUGGCGAGGCCGAAGAAAACGGUAAAACCGCGCUGAGCGUCUUUUUUGGGGCCUACAAGAAAACACACCCCGCGGAGAGGGAGGUAUGCCCGAUCAGCAUCGACAGCUACCCUUUCCCCGAUGUCGCUGCACACGACGUGGCCCGCCGUCCUCGCUUCCUGGGCCGUCACGUCCUCCAUCAGUUCCCCUCCGAGACGAUUGAGAAGUCCGCUCUCGAGACGCUUCGCCUGUUCUGGCGCAGCGGUACGCGGCAGCGCAGCGCCGUCCUCGCCAAGUACACCAGUGCAAAGCAAGGUCGCAGUAGCUUCAUUCAGCGUAUGUGCCUCGAGCAGGCGCAGCACACCGUGGAAGAGGACAGCGCGUAG